AUGGCCCAUAUAUGCUCGAUUAGUGGUGAAGCGACAGAGGAACCAGUUGUUUCUCCAAGCUCUGGGCAUAUAUUCGACCGGAGGCUUAUCGUAAAGUACAUAACUGAAAAUGGAACUGAUCCUAUUUCCGGGAACGCGCUCUCAGAAGAUCAGGUUAGUCUUUCACUCAUUGAAAAAAUUUCUUUUGUUGAAGUUGAUUGGCUUGAAAAGUGGAGAUGGAGGAUCGGCUCCUCGCAACGUUUCUGCCACUUCUAUUCCUUCUCUCCUUAAAAUGUUGCAGGUUUCUAUCAAACGUGAAUAUUUUUAUAGAAAACAUUUUCAGGAUGAGUGGGAUACUGUGAUGUUGAAUAGCUUCAGUCUGAGACAGCAAUUGCAGGUCGCUCGCCAGGAACUUUCUCACGCUCUUUAUCAAGCACGUUAUUUUCUUCUGUUUUAUUUUGUUACCAGUAACGCUAUUAGAAGGAUAGAUUUUUUGUUUUUCGAGGAGAAAAUUGCAAUAUCAAUGUUCGAAGUUCAGCACGACGCGGCUUGUCGCGUUAUCGCUCGUCUUUCAAAAGAGUUGACAGCGGCUCGCGAAGCUCUUUCCACUUUGAAACCACACACGGCAAGUAAAGAGAAAGACGUGUCGAUGGAAGUAGACGAAAACGCUGAAGAAGCCCAUGGUUAGCUUCGUUAUCGUCUAAGUACCUUUUUAUUUACAGGUAUCAGCGAAGCGAUAAUCAAGAGUUUGGAAGAAAAGUCCAAGUCGUUGACCGCUGAGCGGAAGUCUCGCGGAAAGAACUUGCCAUCCGGAUUGGCUAGCCAGGAGGAUUUCAGUAAUUUCAAGCAAAAGGCCGCUCACACUGGAAUUCACUCGACUGGAACGCCUGGAAUAACUUCUCUGGACGUCAAGGCGAGUUUUUUUUAAUUAAUUUUUUUUAGAAUUUCUCAUAUAGGGCUCUCUUGCUCUUACUGGCGGUGCCGACAAGACAGUUGUCCUGUACAAUUUCGAAAAGGAAGAAAUUGUGCAGACCUUCAAGGGUCACACUAAGAAGAUCAACGCCGUUGUUCUCCACCCAGAUGGAAAAACCGCUGUUUCCGCUUCUUCAGAUUCACAGGUCCGCCAAUCUUUUUUUUUCUCCGCUAUCAGUGGUAUCUGAUCAGUGUCUAAUUGCUACGAUUUGAAGAUUCGUGUUUGGUCGUCGAAGGAAUCCGCUGCCACGGCCGUCAUCGACGUCCAUCAGGGCGCAGUGACCGGUUUGUUUUUAAUUUUUUUUUUUCUUUAUCAAACAUUUGUUGGCUAGAUAUUUCUUUGAACGCUACUGGAAACUACAUUUUAUCUGCUUCUGAUGAUGCUCAUUGGGCUUUCAGUGACAUUAACACCGGCAAAAGUCUCUGCAAGGUUUGUGAUUUUUUGAAUGUUGAUGUUUCAUUGUGGCUAUAGGUUCCGUCCGAUUCCGAAUCUCAAGUUGCCAUGUUCUGCAUCGAAUUUCACCCGGACGGCCUUAUUUUUGGUAACUAUUUAGUUUUUUUUUUGAUGAUUAAUUUUUUAUUAGGAACGGGCACGGCUGAUUCAGUUGUCAAGAUUUGGGACUUGAAGAGUCAGACUAAUGCGGCGAACUUCCCCGGCCACACCUCUGCCGUUCGUUCGAUUUGUUUUUCAGAAAACGGAUAUUAUUUGGCUACUGGCAGCGAAGACGGAGAGGUGCAAAUUUUUGUAUUUUCCUUUGAACCUUCGUUUUAUCUUAGGUGAAGCUUUGGGAUCUCCGUAAGCUGAAGAAUCUCAAAACCCUGUCCACGCAGGGAUCCCAGCCAGUAGGUUUUUCAAAAAAAUUUUUUUAAAUUCAAAUAUUUUCCUCGUAAUUUUUUUGUUCAGUUCAUAAAAAAAUGUAGGUCGGAAAAGUUGUGUUUCAUCUGUUGUGAAUCUUAAAGAGAUGAAGUAUAGAAGUGGCACAUUAUCAGAGUUUUUGAAAACCUUUUUAUUGAAUUCGGCUUUUCUUCUCUUCGACUUUUAUCUAUGAAUUUAGUUUGAACGCUUUACUUGACCAAAAACCUACACGAAAAGUUUGAAAAAAAUUUUUUUUUCAUUAAACUGUUAAAAAAUUGUUAGGACAUGGAAACAUUUUUGCUCGGCGAUAAAAUAUAUACUUCCAUGAUUUCUUGAACUAGCAUGUAUUUUGGAAGUUCUGUUUAUGUCUAUGUCCUCAAUUUUUAUUUUUGAGAGGACGUUUAGGUUUUCUUGGGUUUUUAUCUCACAGUAGUAUAGUCAAUUUUUCCCGUAAAGAAGCUUGAGCCAUUUCCCCUUUCAACUUGGGAAAAUCAGACUAUACCAGACAAAAUCCAUUCGAAAAAUGUUACGAGAGAGUUUACAAGGAUAGUUAGAGGCAAUGGUCUUGAAAUUGGAAAGAAAAUUCACGAGUUCAACAUAAGUUAUGUUCCGAGAAGGAACUUGUCAUAUUCCCACUUUUAUUCACCUCUUCCGGUCUACAAUAAUUUAAAAGACGUGUAAAUUUGUCAAGUUGAUUUUCUUUAAAAGUCUUUAAAAAUCAUUUGAGUUGAAUAAAUUUUCAUGAGAACGAUCUCAGAACUCGAAAAAACUCUGAAAUUGUGGCUUUUAAGUGUUCAUUUAAUUGAUUAAUUAAUUUAUCUCACUCAAACACAAAAAUACAAAUACCGAAUAGAAAGUGAGUUAAGUGAAACCCGAUAUAUAAACCCCCAACGAGCGAUUUACCGGGAUGAGAGACGCGUAUUGAAAAUUGAGAACAAACAUUUCGGAUUUCUUAGAGAAGCCUCUUGCGCACGUUUGCGAGUAGUUCAUUGUGGUCGAGAGAGUUGAGAAAAUUCCUUAAGCGGGUUUAUAUUUUUAACAAGUAAAUUUCUUUCGAAUUAUAAGAUGACAAAUUCUCUAGGUUCUCUUAAAUAAAUUUUUCCGUUUUCUUUUUUUCAGGAAAAAGAAACUUGUAGAAUAAUAGAGUCAAAACUGGCAGAGUCCGAAGAGAUAAAAAUGAAAUGCAAUGUGGAUUUAUUUGUUUCGAAACGGUGUUCCUUUUCAGAUCAAUGACAUAAGCUUCGAUAUGACUGGAACUUAUUUGGCCAUCGGUGGACAAAACGUUCAACUCUUGCACGUAAAAUCUUGGCAGGUAGGCAAAUGAUUAGGAACUUUGAUUAUUCGUCUUUUAAGGAAUGCGUUACUUUGACUGACAACACAGCCGCCGUGACCGGCGUCCGUUUCGGGGAAAACGCCCGUUCUUUGCUGAGCAGUUCCAUGGACAAGAGUUUGCGCGUGUUCAGCAUCUGA